ACCCCACCCCCCCUAAUGUGGGGACAGUACAAUCAAAGCCAACCCUAACCCAGAAAACUCUCUCCUCAUCUCUCCUCUAAAUCUUUCAACUUAACUCUUUUCAAAAUUAAUUUUUUGUUUCACUUUAACUCUCUUUCUUGUUUCUCUUUUUCUUGAAAAAAAGAGAGGAAAUUUUGGUUUUUUUUUUUUUAGGGGAAAUGGAGGUGAAAAGUUUCAGCUCUGAUGUAGCAGCUUUUGGGAAAAUAGGGGUGAACUCUGUUCUUGAAGCUGUUGUUGCUGAGACCCUUUUGGUUACUCAGAGAUCUGUUGCUUCUCUGCUCAUGGUGGUGGGAUGUUUGCUGAAGGAUGGUGCUCCAUUGUCAGAGUUGGCAACCAUUGCUCCAUCGUCAGAGUUUGUAAGCAUUGCUCCAUUGUCGGAGUUGAUAAGCCCCGAUAGAAGGUUUCCCUUUGAGGCGCUUAGUCAAAAGAACCAAGCUUGUACCCAGAAUAAAGAUGGCAGUGAUACAGAGGAUGAUAAUGAUGACGAUGGAGAUGCUGAGGAUCAGGAUGAUGACGAUGAUGCAAAUGAUGAAGAUUUCUCAGGUGAAGAAGGGGGAGAUGACGAAGAAGAAGAAGGAGAUCCUGAGGAGGAUCCUGCAGCUAAUGGCAACGAAGGGAGUGAUGACGAUGAUGAGGAUGAUGAGGAUGGUGAUGAAGGGGGUGAUGACGACGACGAUGAUGAUGAUGGUGAUGAGGAAGAGGAAGAAGACGAGGAGGAAGACGAGGAUCAACCACCUGCCAAAAAGAGAAAGUGAAGUGUUUGUUAGAUGUUUAUAUUCUGCUUCUCUAUCAUGGUUGAGGAGAGUAUGUAGUGGAAAGAGAAGGGGAGGUUUAGCUUUUCUGUCUCUGACAGUGUAGGAAAUUAACCAUCCUUGUUCAGAACAAAUGAAGUGUUGGAUUGUUACUUAUGCUACAUGUUACAUUUAAUUGGACUAAUAUUCUGCAUACUUGGUUAAAUA